CUGCGAAGGGAGAAGGUUCGGUCGCCGGCUGUGAGGCUUUUAGUUUCGCGGGGAGUCUUUGUGGGCGGCGAUGGCUGCGCUGAAGUACGCGGGCUUGGACGACACCGACAGCGACGAGGAGCUGCCGCCCGGCUGGGAGGAACGCACCACCAAGGACGGCUGGGUGUACUACGCCAAUCACCUUGAAGAGAGAACUCAGUGGGACCAUCCCAAAUCUGGAAAACGAAAGCGUGUUGCAGGAGAUUUGCCAUAUGGGUGGGAGCAAGAAACAGAUGAAAAUGGACAAGUCUAUUUUGUUGACCAUAUAAACAAAAGGACAACAUAUCUUGACCCAAGACUGGCCUUCACAGUGGAAGAUAACCCGAUGAAGCUCAACGCCAAGCAGAAGUACGACGGAAGCACCACUGCAAUGGAAAUUCUUCAGGGACGAGAUAUGAGUGGAAAAGUGAUAAUCGUUACUGGAGCAAGUUCAGGAAUAGACUUCUUAGUUUCUUCCUCCGAUUUCUGAUGGUCGUGUUCCCCCAGAUCAUCUUUAGUGCCCCAUUAUAUCCAG